UGUCUGAGAGCUGCUAUAGACAAUCAGAAGCGUCUGUUUCCCCGCCCCCUCCGUGAUCCUCCCUGAACCCCUCUGGGCUACUGGAGGCGGUGCCGCUGCAGGGGCUCGUGGCCCCCUAGACCCUGGCCACCCCCUCCUGCCAUCCAAGCACUGCAGGAUCCUCUGCCUGCUGCGUCCCGGGCGUGCUACCGAGUGCUUGGGCGAUGUGGUCGGCCCCUCUUUGCAGCUGCGGAGACUGAGGCCCACGGAGGGUCAGUGACUGGCGCAGGAUCACUCUCGGGAUCCAAGGGAAGAAUGAUGGCUGGGCAAGCACGAAUGUCUUUGGUGUUUCAGGAGUCAGUGACCUUCAAGGAUGUGGCUGUAGACUUCACCUGGGAGGAGUGGGGGCACCUGGACCAUGCUCAGAAGGAGCUUUACCGGGAGGUGAUGCUGGAGAACUAUGGAAACCUGGUCUGCCUGGGCCUUGCCGUUUCCAAACCAGAUGUGAUCUCUCAGCUGGAGCGAGGUGGAGCACCAUGGUGGCCAGGGGGCUACAUCCCAGAAAGCAGUCAUGCAGAUUGGGACAGUAGGCCUGAAAUCAAAGAGUCAUCUCCAAAGUUGGACCUUUCUAUAAAAGAGUCAUCCAGUGAAAUACUGACAAGGGGUUGUCUCUCUAUCUCUAAAUUGAGAGAUGCCAGGGAAUAUGAUGCUAGAUUAGAGAGACAGCUGAGCCAAGAGGAGAGAGAUUCUAAACCAGUAAAACUCAUUCAAAGGAAAACUCCCAAUCAAGGAAGAAGAAAUGAAUAUAAUAAACAGGUCAGAAGCAUCAAUCUAGAGCCAGUCCUUUUUCCACAGUGGAGAGAAUCCACUGAAAAAAGUUUUCAUGAGUAUGACACACAGAAGAACUUCAGACUAUAUUCAGAGCUAAGAAAAUGUAAUAGCAUCUGCUCAAAAAAGAUAUUUUCUGUGUAUAAUAAAUGUGGGAAAUCCCUCAAUUAUAAUUUAGAACUUACCAAAAAGCGUGGAAUACAUGUUGGAGAGAAAAGUUAUGAGUGUAAUUUAUGUGGGAGGAUUUUCCGCCAGAGCACGGGACUUAUUCAGCAUUAUAGAAUUCAUACAGGAGAAAAACCUUAUAAAUGUAAUGAAUGUGGGAAGGCCUUCCGGCAGAGCUCAGGCCUUAUUCAACAUCAUAGAAUUCAUACCGGAGAGAAACCUUAUAAAUGCAGUGAAUGUGGAAAGGCCUUCUGCCAAAACUCGGGCCUUACUCAACAUCAGAAAAUUCAUACUGGUGAGAAACCUUACGAAUGUAGUGAAUGUGGAAAGACUUUCCUCCGGAAUACUGAAUUAACUGAACACCAGAUAACUCAUACUGGAGAAAAACCUUAUGAAUGUAGGCAGUGUGGGAAAGCCUUUUGUCAGAGGGCAGAGCUUAGCCGGCACCAUAAAAUCCAUACUGGAGAGAAGCCGUACAAAUGUACUGAAUGUGGGAAGGCCUUCCGUCAGAUAACACACCUUACUCAACAUCAGAAAAUCCACACUGGAGAGAAGCCUUAUGAAUGUAGGGAAUGUGGGAAGACCUUUCGCUACAGCUCGCACCUUACUCGACAUCAUAGAACUCAUACAGGAGAGAAACCAUAUGAAUGUUAUGAAUGCGGGAAAGCCUUCCGCAGGAGUUCUCACUUUAACCGGCAUCAGAUAAUUCAUACUGGAGAGAAACCGUAUAAAUGUAGUGAAUGUGAGAAGACCUUUCGCUGGAGCACAGGACUUAGCCGCCAUCAGAGAAGUCAUACUGGAGGGAAACCUUAUUGAUGUAAAGGAUUUGACAGUCUUCUCCAGUAGUUCAUGCCUUAUUCAGCAUUAGAGAUUUGUAUUGGAGGGAAAUUUUAUGAACAUAAUCAGUUUGGGAAUGCCUUCCCUUAGUCCACGGAGCUUAUUUAACAUCAGCUAAUUUGUAGUGGAGAGAAACAUGAAUAGCGGGAAAUACGGAUAAUGCAGAGUAUGUGUAUAAUGGAGAUCCAAGAGAACAGUGCAUUCGAAUGGUCAGAGGGGAGGAAGAAACAGGAAUGAGGAUGAACAGAAAACUAAGAAUCUUGAUGGACAUUCAGAGGGAUGUAUUGCAAAGGUGUUCUGGUAUUUUGUAGGUUACAUUUAAUUUGUCUAAAUGUAAAUGAGUUGCAAAGUGAGCUUAAUUAUAUUAGUGUUCAAAAUCAUAGAGGCAGUGGGGUAGUGGAGAGAGAUCUGAUCUCAAUGUCAGGAAGCCUACUUUGACACCUACUGGCAGGUGAUGCUGGCCAAGCCAUAAUUUCUCAGAGCUCCUGGGAUGAGUUUCAUGACUUAAAUUAAGAGAAGGGUCUUCCUCACUGUGAGCUUCCUCCACCUGUGAAAAAUUUUGUGUACAGUGAAGAUUUUAUUUUUUAAAAAAAGUUCUAUGUUCAGUGAGGUUUUAUAUUUGACCACAAUCCUGAAAACUCAGAAGAGUUAAUCAUGCUCCUCUUAGUCUGGAAAAAGUGAAAUCCUGACUUCUUACUAAGGCUAAUAAGGUUUUUAUGCUCUAUAUCCAUUGCUCUAGCUGUCAUUUCUUAUUCUCACAUCUUCAAACUGGCUCCCUUCAUGGAGGCACUCCCCAUUGCCAGGAAACAUACUGUAAAAAGUCUACCUUUGAACCUCUUAUCUGAUUCAUCUACCAUCUCCCUUCCCUUCCCUUCCCCCCUGCGCUUCCAGUGUCUCCAGUUCCUUACCACCAUCACCACCCCUGCAGCACAUUGUAAUCUGAUUUCUUUUUGAUCACUCUCCUGAAAUGGCCCAAUUGUAGGUCACCAAAUACUAUAACCAUUUCUCUCUUUGGCUCAAUGGGUUUUUCCCCCCACAUCAUCAAUACCACCCUUUCCUUCUGAGUACAUUCUCCUUCUAUGUCUAAAGAUAUUCACACUUUUUGGUUAAUAUUGAGUCUAAUUACUUAUUUAUAUGGAUAGCACUGCUAUGGUUUGCAGUAUACUUCCUCACUGAGCAUAUGUGAGGCAGAUCAUGCAACCAUUAUUGGUGUCACAGAUUAUAAAACUCAGGCUCUUGGGGAGUAUAGUGUCUACCUAUUUUCUGCCAACAAGUUCCAGUCUACAGUGAGAUUUGACUCAGGGCUGCUCAGCCAAAGGUCAGCACUCUGGAUAGCAGCUAAUUUUUAGCUUUUUAAGUUACAUAUUUUACACUGUUCUGUCCCUAGCCCUCUUCCCUUGCCUCUGAUCUCCCCUUUGGGAAUUGGGAAUCUCAAUCAGUUUUAGAGCUUCUGAUAACACUUAAAUUUUUUUUUUAUUUAAUUAGUUAAUUUAGAAUAUUUUUCAUUGGUUACAAGAUUCAUGUUCUUUUCCUCCCCUCCCCCCCUCCCAUAGCUGGCACACAUUUCCACUGGGUUUUACAUAUGUAAUUGAACAAGACCCAUUUCUAUACCAUUAAUAUUUGCACUAGGGUGAUCGUUUAGAGUCUACAUCCCCAAUCAUGUCCCCAUCGAUCUAUGUGAUCAAGCAGUUGUUUUUCUUCUGCAUUUCUACUCCCACAGUUCUUUCUCUGAAUGUGGAUACAUUCUUUCUUAUAAAUGCCUCAGACUUCUCCUAGAUCAUUGCAUUGCUGCUAGUAGAGAAGACCAUUACAUUUGAUUGUACCACAGUGUAUCAGUCUGUGUGUGUAAGGUUCUCCUGGUUCUGCUCCUUUCACUGUGCAUCUGAUAACACUUCUAAGCAAAUGGCCCUUCGUGUCCAAUUGUGAUCUUUUGAGCUUAAGAUGAGUAUUGCCAUUUCUUUUAAUUACUCCCAAUCUUCCCACUCUUCCAUAUUGAAAAACUUUGCCAUUGCUUUUGAUUCUACACUUUCAUCUACUCUGUAUAUAUCUCAUUAUGUACCUGUUUAUAUAUGCCUCUUUUAUUAGAAUGUGAGUUCCUUGUGGGGAGGGCCUGGCUUUGGUUUUCUUCAUAUCCCCAGUAUUUCUCAUAGUGCCUGGUACACAGUUAAGUGCUUAACAAUUGAUUAAAUGGGCAAUGUUUAAAUUAUUUAAAGGCAUGGUUAGGGGCUAAUGAAUUUAGGGGGUUGUUAAAUUUUAUUUUUAGGAUAGGGAAGAGUGAGGAGUGUUUGUAGACAGCAGGAAAGAAGAUGGCAUGUAGAGAGAUUUGGAAGUUUAGAGAGAUAGGCAAUGAUUAAAUGGAACAAUUUGCUGAAGGAGGUGGGGGAGAAUGAGAUCAGUGGUCCAUGUUGGUAAAGAGAAGGGCCAUUUCAUCAGAUGGGAGUAAAGUGAAGAGUGAAUAGAAAAUGGUGUCAAAGAGUUGCGAGAUGUAUAGAGGAGAAAAGAAGGAAUUUGCACUGAAUUCACUUCAUUUCCUCUGAAGUUUGAAUUAAUAUCCUUUAUUGUGUGGAGGAUAGUAAAGAAGGCUUGAUGAGAGAAAAAUUGAAAUAGCUGCUUCAGAGAAUGGGAUCAGGGACCAGUUGGGGGUCAAUAAAAGUAUUGCCUUAUUGAAGUGAGAGUCCAGCAAAAGUGAGAUAACAUACAUUUGUAGUGGAUCCAUAACUCCCCCCCCCCCCAACUCAGCAACCCAAGAUGCUGAUGAUAUGGAUGUUAAGCUGGUGUUAGGGAUUGGGGCAGCAUGAGUGGGAUCAAAACAUGGGAAUGAGGGAUUAAAAGUAGAGGCAAAUGUAGAGUUGAACUGGUUUCCUAAAAGUUCAAAAUUGGUAAGGAAGGAAAAUGAAGCCAGAGCCCGCGUGAUGGCCUUGAAGAGUACUGAGUUGAGGGAUUAUAGAUCUUGGUGAAGUGAAGAAUAGGUUUGGGAAGAGUCAUAGUCAGUACACAUUCAUUAUAUGUCUACUAUGUGCCAUCUACUGCGCCAUUUAUAUCUGUAGAGAUACAAAUAUGAAAAAGACUGUCCUCAAGGAACUUACGAUUUAAUGGGAGAAGACCAUACCAAAAAGAAAGAUGAAAAGAUGGGAAUGGAGGAGGGGGAAUAUAUCCAGCACAGGGGCAUGAUGGAGAAGCCAAAGAAAUCCAAAAUGAGUACAGCCAGGUGGGAUAUUGUGAGAUAUCAUCUAUCCUAUCCUCCUUCUUGAGAUUGAGGAGUUCAUGGCUCUAUCCUCCAGUCAUUGAUGAAUUCUGAUGCUGAUUGAAUAUUGUAAGAUGAUAAUAUUAGGAGGUGUAGAAGCAUGGUGGAAAAGCCAAAGACGUCCCAAAUGAAUGCAGCUGGGAAAAACAAGAUGUUGCUGAGUUAAAGGUGAAAGGCAUCACCAGUGACGGAAUGAUGAGAAAUUAUGGUCAGGUCAUGGAAAUGGAAUGAUUGUGCUUAACCAGAAGAUCACCAGUGAAUACUUUUUAAUUUCCUGUCAAUAUCCAUUUAUCAACACCUAUUAUGUGCCAGCUAUUUCUCUGGGUGCUGGAGAUACAAAGAAGAAAAUGAAUCAGUUCAGCUUUCAGAGAGGUUAAAUUUAUGAAAUAGUAUAUGUGUAUGUGCAUGCAUUUGUACACAUGCAUGUAUAUACAUACACAUGUUUGCCUAUAUACAAUGUGCAUUGUCCAUUAUGUAUGCAUAUGUAGAUAUGCAAUAUAGAAUAAUGUGUGUGCUUAUACAUGUAUGCUAUAUAUGUACAUGUGUGUGCAUGCAAUCUGUAUAUUGUGGGUGUAUUUGUACAUGUAUGUUUAUGUGUGUAUGAAUAUAUCUCUGUGUGUAUAUUUAUGAACAUUCUCCACAGAAUACACAUGUGGCCAAGACCCACAGAAAGGGCAAUACAUGGUCUCCAGUGUGCAUAGGGAGCCAUAUCUUAUGCUCUUAUUAUUAUGCUGUUUGUCCAUUGCUGGUGAUUGCUGAGUUUUACUUUCUUGGCUGGUCUUACAGCAAGGCCUCAUGCUGAGAAAUUGCCGCUCCCUCCUUGAGUGUAAUACCUUUUCUGGAUUCUCUAUCUUUUGCUCUUCUCACCUUCUCCACAUUACAUUAGGAAUAUCCUGCUGGUUUCAUGGUCCCUGCUCUGCAUUGUUUCCCAUUUCUACUUUUCUGAGUUGUAUCAUUUCUGGGCCAGUUGCUGGCUGACUUGGCCCAAUAUGCUAGGGCAGUGAUGGUGAACCUAUGGCCUGGGUGCCAAAAAUGGCACACAGAGUGCUCUCUGUAGGCACGUGGCUGCCUCCCUCCCCCCAUCCCUUGGUUCAUUACUAGAAAAACAGGACUUGGGUAGAGGUGCUCCCCUUCCUCACUCUUUGGUGACUGAUGACAUUUUUUCACAUCUUCCACCCUUCUUCCCAGCAGCCAGUGGGAGCACACAGGCGGUAAGGUGUGCGGCUCACAGGUGGCAGAGCUGGAGGGGAGCAGAGCACUCAGGUCACUCCCCUCCCCCUCUCUACACUCUCUGAAGAUGUUCCUCACUUCACCCACCCCUCCUCCCAGCAGCCCAAUGGAAGCACUUCCUCUCUCCCCUGUGUGGGGUAAGGGUUGGGGCAAUAUGUACCUGACACUCAAAGUGGUGGGGUGGGCAUGGCACUUAGUCUGGGGGGGGUGAGGCCCAGCAUUCCAUCUCUAAAAUGUUCACCAUCACUGUGCUAGGAUAUAGUGAUUAAAAAACCUUUCAUCUAGGGAGGAUAAUUGCUUUUUGGUGAUAUCCAGAGACUGAAUAAUACAAUUAGUUUAUUAGAUUAAUGCUUUUCUCUUAACCCUUUUAUCUAAGUCCUUAAGAUUGUGGUUCUUUAUCUAAGACCAUGAUCUCAUUUGUUGUUAGAAAUUCCCAAGAAUUUGACCUUGCUUAGACAUGUCGAUUGAUUGUCUCCUCUCCUUCCAGCACAGACACAGAUCUAGUUUGUUAUGAGCAAUGAACCCUCUUAGUUUUGAUAUUUCAAUCUGGCCAGUGAAAACUCUUACAAUGUCCCUGUGUCAACUAAUAAGUUGGCUAGUUAGAGCACUAAAUGUUUGCUAUAUGCCAGGUCCUGUGCUAAGGGCUGAGAAUAUAAAUAAAACAAAACCAUCCCUGUUCUCAAGUUGCUUGCUUUCUAAUGGGAGAGACCAUAGAAAAGCGAAAUCAGGCAAGGGCGAGUGGGCAGAGUCUGUGGUUCUUUGAUGGCCUCUAUGCAGGGGGCAUGGGUUGGAGAUGGCAGAGAAUUAGAAAAAAUAUCAAUCAAAAGAUACGACAACAUUUAAGAAGAGAACUAGUGAUAAGCCACAGGGUUUCCGAAGUCUACAAACAUUCACGUACUUCAGACAACAAAUGAGAUGAUCUCAAAGAUAUUUAUGCUAUUUGUCUCUAAGACAAAUCUCAAAGAUAUUUAUGUGGAAGAUUCCCCUUCCACAUAAAUUUGCAAUUCCGUUGUAGAUCUGAUUCUGUCUAUCCAAUACAACUGGUUUUGGAGUGGAAAUAAAGAGAAGCUUUGAGAGAAAGUGACUUUCUUAGAAUUUGUAAUGGAAAAAAAGAGAAACAUCUAGAACAUUCUGGUGUGUACCAAAUAUUUGGGGAAGGGAGCAUUUAGGGAAAAGAGGAGAAACUGGUUUUGGUAGUAUGAGUUAGUUACCUUAGCCACAAUUCAAGGGAGGGACUCUCUUCCACUUGGAGCUCAGGCAUUAGAACAAAGAGACUUUCUCAACCUGGUCAGUGACUCAUCCAUCUAAAGGACUUGAUUGGAAGGGAAUUCCCUGUUAUUGAGGCCAGGGUUCAGCCCCUCAGCCCUUGCCUUCUUUGAAAGCAGGAACUUAUGCCUGUAUAAGUGAAGCUGCCAAGAGUCCUAGGCCUAGAUCUGCUCAGUGACUUAUGGGCCUAAAUAGAAGAAUCAGUCAUCUAGACUCAGUCUAUCACCCAUGUAAAUAGUUUAUACAGGUUCUGAUAGGAAAUGAUGAUUCCAAGCAUCAUUACAGGAAGAUUUGUUAGCGUCACAUUGAUUCCACUACUAGAGAUGAGUGGUGAGUGUGAACAAGGUCCAAAGACCAGUAGCAAAAGGGGAAAACCUUUGGGAUGGAAUGGGGGGAAUACUCAGAAUGGAAGAGGGGUAUUUUGCUCACUGAAUUAGGUAAUAUCUGAGGGUAGGAGACAACCAUGCUGCCAAGGGACUGUCAGAGAAUGUUCUACUGAUGAAGGAUUUGAAAGGGCAUUUUAUAGAAUUCUUCAAAGAUGCCCCUCUCACAUGCAUAGUAGUGGGUCUUAUCUCCAGGUUCAGGCUAAGUGAAGAAUGACCCAAUGUUCCAGUUGUAGGUCAUGUGGACAGUGAUGGCUUUAAACUAAAGAAGAGGAUAGGAGGGAUGGCUGCUUAUCAGGAUACACAGUUAGGUAAGGCCAAGGCAUAGGAGUUCAGAAAACCAGCUAGUAAGUUCCAAUAGCAAAGUAAAAUUGUUCUAGUUACAACAUGGACCUCGGAUUGGCAGAGUGGAAUCUAAGAAAGAGUAAAGGAUCUCAUGGCAAUGUAUAUUUCUAUCUGACCUAUGUACUAAAAUUUUAGGAUGCAGUCUAAGUGACUUGGAAGGGAAGAAUAGGGAAGUGGAUGAACAAUAAGAACAAGUGGGGUAAUCAGGGGAGAGUAGCAUAAAAAUAGGCAAAUUAUCUGGAGGAACCAAAUGUGUUUGAUAUGUUAACACAAGGUAACCCCUCAUGCUCUGAUCUUAUCUUAAGGCUAGUGCAAAUACAUUCAAAGUUUAGAGGUGGAGGAUCCCAUUUUUGUUCAGCUGCCACCCCUACAAGGUAAAUUCCUCAUGCAAUCUUUGACCUGUGAUUUCUCUAGGAAUUUGGGUUAUAUGGGGAGACCACCCUAGUGCCUACCUCAAAAAGACAUUUGUAUCUUCUCCCACUUUUAUAAUGAUAGAACCACAUCAUCUAAUAGCUCCUUCCAAUUACUCAAAUUUUACCUUUCUAGGUUUCUUUUGAUUCUUGUGUUUAUAUUUCAUAGUUCCUAUUUAGCUCUCAUCUUUUUAUAAAAAGUGCUUGCAAUUUUUCUAUCGAAUUAAAGGUAUAUUUUCCUCCAGUAGGGUUUUACUGAGCUUUACUGGAAUAGUUGGUUGAAAACUUGUCUCUUACGUUUUGGAAUAUUGUAUUCCAAGAUCUCCUAUCAUAUAUAGGAAAAGGUGCCAGGUCUUGUGUCAUUCUAAUUAUAAUGCCAGAGUACUUCAAUUGCUUUUGUUUUUUGAGAUGCUUGUGGUGCUUUUUCUUUGACAUGGGAGCUCUGGAUUUUGGCUACAGUUUCUGGAACUUUUCCCUUCAGGUUUUUCUUUUAAUUGAUGAAACUAAAGCAGAUGGAAGUUAAUAACUUACUUGAUCAGGACAUAUUUGCAUUUAGGUCUUCCUGACUUCAGCCCUUUGCACUCUAGAUCAUUUAGAUAUCUCUAGUUGUAGCCAGAACAUGCUGAUGGCUUUGUAAAGAACCGAGGGCUGGAAGAAUUAGAGGUCCCAGUGAGGAUAACAAAUAGGGUCAGGUAUUAUAAAGGGAAAAUUAGAAUGAAAAUUUAUGAUCCAGUAAAGGACUUUCAGUAUUCUUUACUUGAGAAUGGCACGCUUAUGAGUAAUAGCAAGAUUAAGGGCAUGAACAUUGUGUAUUGCUGCUGCUAUGGGCUAGAGGAGUAGGUCAUGGGAAAUGAAUAAGUUGAAUUAGGAGGUGAUCAAAUAGUAAAAAAAAAUUUAUAUUACCAAAUCUUUCUUUUUUUUAAAUUUUAAACAUUAUUUUAUUUGGUCAUUUUCAAACAUUAUUCACUGGAAACAAAGAUCAUUUUCUUUUCCUCCCCCCCCCCCCCCCCACCUUUCCCUCUCCCAUAGCCGACGCACGAUUCCACUGGUUAUCACAUGUGUUCUUUACCAAAUCUUUCUAAUAAGGGUUUGGAAUCUCAGAUAUAUAGAACACAUAUAUGUAUAUAUAUAUAUAUGAAUAAUAAUCAUUCCUCAAUAAAUAAAAGGCCAAAGGAUAUUCUCAACCACAUGCCAAGUAUUCACAAGCACAUGAAAGAAUGCUCCAAAUCACUAAUAAAAGAAAUGUCUGAUCAAAACAGCUCUGGCUUUUCACCUUGCACCCUGCAAAUUGACAAAAAUGGCAAAAAAUGGCAGUAGUCAAUGUUCAGGGAUUGUGGGAAGAUAAGUAGCACAUUGUUGGGGGAGCUACGAAAUGGUGCAACCAUUUGUAAAGCAAUUUGGAAUUAUGUGAAUAAAGAAAUUAAAA